AGCAGCGACUCUCCAGCCUGCAGAAGUGUGAGAUCUGAAACUGACAUGGAGGAGCAAUCUGAGAACAAGCAGAUGGAUCCCACCCUCGCUGAAGAGAAGAACGAAGGGCUUCAGGACAACGCUGCAGAAAACGACAGAAAACAUCAAGUUAACUGGAACCCCAAGUAUGCGUCCCUGGUGUGUGUGUUGGUGCCUGUGUUGGUCAUGCUGCUCUUGAACGCUUGUCACCCCUCUUCUGAUCCCUCCAUCAUCACUGUGUCGAGUAUUUGGGAUUGGGACGCGGCUGCGAUGGUGGUGCUCUUCACCCUGAUCCAGGCCGGACUUUACUACCUACCUGUCGGACGGGUCAUGGAGGGAAUAAUCGGACCUCAUGACAAACGUCUGAAAUACAACAUAAAUGGUCUACACGCCGGCGUGGUGUCUGUGUUGGCGUUAGUGUGUGUGUGGUGGUGUGGUGUGUUCCGCUGUAGCAGUGUGUCGAGCAGAGUCAUUCCUCUGAUCAGUGCUGGCUGGGUCCUCUCCUUCCUUAUCUGUGUGUUCCUGUACAUACGCACAAACACACACAGCAACACAGCAGAGGUUUCUGGAUUAGGGCAUGUGCUGGAGGGCUUUGUUUUGGGACAGGAGUUACACCCCCGUGUGGGGAAGAUCGAUGUGAAGCUGUUUGCGAUGGUGCGGAUCGGCUUCAUGGGCUGGGCACUGAUUGAUGUGUGUUACGUCCUGAGUGCGGUGGAGACACACGGCUCUGUCCCUCUGUCUCUCCUCCUCACUGCCGUCCUGCAGCUCAUCUACAUUACAGACGCCCUCAUCGAUGAGGAGAUUUUAUUAGACUCUAAGGAGCUGACGAUGGAGCCGAUCGGGUUCCUGAUGGUUCAGGGUGAAUACGUCUGGAUGCCUUUCUUCUCCAGCAUUCCUCUUUACUUCCUGCUUCAACACCCUACGGACUUCUCCUUCCUGUACAGCCUACCCAUAAUCCUUCUGUUCUCUGGGAGUUUUCUGAUUUAUCGCUUGUCCACCAAGCAGAAGAAUCUCUACCGUAAAAACCCAGACGACCCAUCAGUGGCUCAUCUCGAGGCGCUCGUCAGUCCCUCUGGUCAAAACCUGCUGGUGUCCGGGUGGUUCGGUUGGGUCCGACAUCCAAACUACCUGGGAGAUUGCAUGAUGACGUUCUCCUGGACUAUGUUCUGUGGGUUCAGCAGUGUGUUGCCGUAUGUACCUGGGCUGCACUGCUUGAAGAUGCUGCUGGAGCGAGCCACUGAUAUCGAGCGGCUGUGUGAGGAGAAACAUGGAGCAGCAUGGAGAGAAUACUGCAGGAGAGUGCCUUAUAAAAUACUGCCCAGUAUCUACUGACCAUCACCACCAUCACCACCAUCAUCAUCACCAUCAUCAUCAUCAUCACCACCACCACCAUCAUCAUCAUCAUCACCACCAUCAUCAUCAUCACCACCACCACCAUCAUCAUCAUCAUCACCAUCAUCAUCAUCACCACCACCACCAUCAUCAUCACCACCACCAUCAUCAUCAUCAUCAUCAUAAUCAUUUAUCUAUCUUUAAUGAUCAUUUCACUUCAGUAAAGUUGCAGUGGAGCACUGACUCGACGCCGUGGCUCCUCUGGGUGACACUGGAGUAUGAGAUUAUAAGUCGUUUUAUACUUAUAAACAGUAAUUAUAACUGUCCUUAUAAACAGUGUGUUAAUGUGUUAGUGUACAGUUUGUAACAGUCUAGCUGAAGAGAGGGUGCGUCGGACAUAAAGCGUCUUUUUUCUUUUUAUGUUUUAUUUAAGUGUAUUUCGAAUACAAGAUAAAAACAAACACACUCCAGAUCACCCCUAACCUCCCCCCGCCCCCUUCCCCAACACACACUUAAAAAAACCCCAGCAAGAACACCUCCCUAACCCGAGGGGAAAAAAAGAAAGAAAAACAUGCAAAGCUAAUCUGAGUCAUAAAUCCACAAAGAAUGCAGUAAAAUAAAACUAUUGCCGCUACAAAACUUAAGGCCUUGUUCACACGGGCGUUAAAAUCGAGCGUUUUUCUGCCGUUCGUGGUGUUCAAAUCCCAACAAACGCAAGCAAAACGCUUCUAGUGCGUUUUCUUCGCGUUCAUUUUACGCUACGGAGGACCGGAUAUAUCCCAUGAUCCUACAUGCUAUACAUAGGGAAAUAAAAGCAAAAUAAAAUGUCAGAGGAAGUUGGUCCAGCUAAUCAAAAGUGGAAACUGACAUCCGACAGUAAUUAAAAAACUUGCGCGGAAAUUUUCGCAUUUCUUCAUAAACCACAAAAAAACUUCCUUUUUCAGUCAGAGGGUGAACCCAGUAGUGGCGGCGAUUUUUUUUUUUCCCCAACAGGUAAACACACACUCUACAAUCUGGGCUGCAGGCUGGCGUUAGACAGAGACAAACGAACGCCAGUGUAGAAGUCAAUCGAGUGCCGCUACAAAACACAACAUAAACGCCUAGGACGUUCAGAGCGCGUCGUUUAUCCAAACAUUUAACGCCCGUGUGAACAAGGCCUAAAGGUGUUGCCAUAAUCAGAACAAGAACAGUGUUGUGUUGUGAACUGAUGACUUCCACUCUUUCAAAACGAUCUUUUUAACUACUUUUUUUCUAAACAUGAGAGACAACUUUAAAUGUUGAAGUAAUUCAGUGGUUGCAUUAAAGUAACAAAACAAACUCUUAUAGUCAGAAAUGAUUUGAAUAUAAAUUGCCAGAAGCCCAUUACCUUGAGGCAAACCCAGAAAAUCUGAGUGAGAAUACCUUCUUGGCGUUUGCAUCUGUCACUAACGGAUGAGAUGUUUGGGUAAAAUUUAUAAAGCUUCGUUUUUGAAUAAUGCGAUCUGUGUAUCACUUUAAACUGUAUGAACUGAGGCGGAGCAUUGACUGAACAUCUGUAAAUCCUACAUAAGCCCAUUGUUUAUCAGAAAUCACGCUGCCAAUGUCCUUCUCAGAUGACGUUUUUAUGGAAUCAGAAACACAGUAGAGUUCGGAGCACAUAAUGAAAUAGAUUAAAUAAUUAAAUGUCUAGACUCAGGAGUCUUCAGACGAACACACACCCCGCCGGUACACACCCCGCACACACACUCCACACGGCCUGUCAGGGUUUCUUAGUCAGAAACUUUUAGCUUUAUAUCUUUUAUCAUCUCUGUGCUUUGAAAUAAAUCUUGAUAUAAUUAUGGUUAGUUAUUAGUAACAAACGGUUUUCUUGUGUAUUUAUUGAUUCAACAUGAAACACGUGAAACAAUACACAACAAACCUGACGACUAAAACUGAGUGUUGUAUUAUUUUCUGUAUUUUUCCACAGAUAAGUUAGUAAUGUAACUGUAGUUUAGUGUAAAUGUAAGUCUACUUAUUUAUAAUAUACCUUUACUUAUUUCAUUCAGGAAAAAAAAGAAUUUACCUCAUAUUGAACUGAGUUUAAGGUUUUAAUUAUGUAUUAUUUUAGUUUCACAAAUUAAA